AUGACUGCUACGAUUGAUGCAGAGAUGGUGCUCGGUCUCAUACAAAUCGGCGAUCUGCAAGGGUUGCAGGAGUUCAGCCCGCGCGGUUUUGACUGGGCACAGCCUUUAUGCAACCACAAACUGCCUGCACUCAUUCGAGCAAUAGACACAGGUGUUCCUGAUAGGGAGCUACACGAUCAGUGCCUUGCCAUUGUGGAAUGGCUGCUGAAGGUUGGGGCUGAUCCAGCACAGAGGCUUCCUGGCGAUUGCAACUAUUAUCGUGCGCUGUACGACAGCCAUGACAGAGAAGCAACAGAAAUUCACGUUGAAUAUGCCGGACAUUCUUCCAUGUCUCUUGCUGUUACAUGGCUUGGAAGGCUGAAGCUGCGCAAAGGCGGCACGCACUGGUCAAACGAAGAGAACUAUAUGAAACGGGUCAUUGCUCUUCUUUCGCGCUCGGCUGCCACCAAGAAUCCCCGAGCUGCAGAGGUCACCGUGCCCCAGGGUACCUUCGACUUGUGGGAGUCAAUGCGUGACUUGACCACCUCGCACAGCGUGAUUUUCGAAUGCUCAGACGGAAAGGUGUCGGCACACGACCAGAUCUUGAUGUUAGCUUCGCCCGUCUUGACAGCCAUGCUCACGUCUGCAAUGAAGGAGGGCUCCAGCUGGCUCAUUCAAGUUAAGGAUUCCUCAUACUCGGGCGUCUCGCUGUUCCUGGAUGUCUUGUACACCAGUUCCACUCGCACGGAUCCUGACCACGAGACCAUGCUUGUGGCUCUAGACUUGGCCCACCGCUGGCAAGUCCACAGUGUCGUGCAAGCCUUGUGCUCUGCACUGUGCGACAUGAUCGACGUCAAGAGCUUCGCGGCUAUCGCGGAAGCUGCAGUUCUGAAGGGGCUGGAAGUGCUGCAGAGAGCAUGUGCCUCCUUCGGCUCGACAGACAAGCAAGUGCAAGGAAUGCUCACGAAAGGUAGUCUCCCGGCAGCUGUGCGGAAGCUGCUCGGAGAGUCUGAGCAUGCAAGCAGUGAGCAGCAAGAGCCGAAGAAGCGACGGCUUUUCCGCUGA